UGUCACUUCUAUAAUUCCUAUUACAGGCAAUUAUCUUUGAAAAGAUAAUUAUUUUUCUGAUUUGAGCUUUGGAGGAGGAAAUAAUUGAUAUCCACAUUGAAAAAACUUAUAAAACGAUAAUUCGUGAAUUUCCGGACGUCUGCAACCACGUGGCCAGCAUUUCCAAGCCUUCAGAUUUAUGUAAUAAACGUUUUUCGCCGCGAGAUGGCGUUUUGGCAGAGUAAAAUGGCCGAGGUCCCGAAUAUGGAAGCGCUUAAUUCUGGAUUAAAAGCGGUGAAAGCUCUGAGGAAUACGACUAGAGAAGUAUUCAAAUUAUUAGCCGAUGGCAUGAAGGCUUGCCAGGGCGACGAAGGGAAGGAAAAACAAUUUCUUUCUCAAUUACAAACCUCGUUGGCUAACGUCAUUUCUCGUCUCAGGGAUCUGGAAACUGCCUGCACGUUGUUGGGAAAUCCGACGACACCAUUAACUCUUGGUAAUUCUGGAUUAUUGAGUCAAGAUCCUACUUACGAUAAAUCUCCUUUAUAUACCGAUAUGAUCAAAGUUUAUCGAUGGUGCGAUAAGGUGAGAAAUUCUGGCCCGUGUACACUUUUUCAAGAGGACCGCUAUAAUUUACAUUACCAACUUGUAUGGGCAAAAAUGUCAAUGGAACCGGUUUCUAAAGGUCGGUUUUUACGUUGAACCGGUACCGGUGUCUGUUCCUCGUGCUCUACGUCGGUCGAGGCUGUUGACACCCACUGGGUGAGCCCUCGCACUCCUAAAACUAUAUAACGUCGAGUACUCUCGAACGGUCGGGUGGGCUACUCGAAGCCGUCGCGGUUGCGUGGGCUAAAUACUUAAAGGCAAUAGUCUUGGUGAGCAACGUCACUCCAGAUCAGGCACCACCCGGAAGUAGGCCGGUGUCGGGGCUGUAUCUCCUAAAGGGUGGCAUGUAGAGAUGUGGUUCCUUUUGACUUUUUUGCUCUUAUGAAUGCGGUGUAUGGCUCUGACGAGAUCCCAACCAUCUCGUUUGAGGUGUGAUCGUACCCAAAUUUCCCGGUUGCGUUAAAAAAUAGAAUAUAAGUUUCUGUAGACUGAUACCUGCCUUAAUACAGAUGGACCCGGUUAGGAUGGGAAACUUGAUUUGUUCGUAUCGUGCAGACGUGUCCUCUCGGUCUUAUAGUCUACUUUGUAGCAUAAUGGGGAAAUUUUUACUUUGUUUAUGGGUAUUUCUGGCCACUCAAAUAACAGCUAUUCAAAAAUUAUUAUAAGUAAGGAUGAUGUAUUUUAAGUGUGUACUAUACCACUACAACACCAUAUUUGAAAUGGAAAACGUGACUAUUUACAAUGUGCAUUGAUGCUAAUAUUUCUGUUUACCUUCAUUAAGAGAACAUACAUUAUGUUUAAAAUAUUCUGUGACGAUAACUGUAAAAGUUUUAAAUGCAAUACCGGUUCUCAGGAAGCAGCCUAUUGAUGGAACGCUGUUUCCUAAGAAGUAAUGCUUUUCUUUUUUAAAUGUGGUGCCAAAAGUGAUUGUAUUGUGUACUGGAAACAAAUUGUGCCAUCUGUAGUUAUAAAAGUAUUGUUUUUAAUGUGCACAUCAUGACACAUCACUUAUUUAAAAAGUUCAAAAAUAUAAGUUAUUAUUGUCCAUAAAACAAUGGUCCAAA